AACACAUGGAGCCUUGUAUUCUAGAAACUUCUUCAUUAUCGCGGAUGAAAACAAUCUGGACCGUCCAUAUCCACCUCCAGAAAGUAUACGACACCUUCACACCCCUAACUUGCAAACCCUUUUCGAACGCACACCACCAGUCAAAUCUUCCUCUUCCGAUCUUCUUCCUCAGUUUGUAACUGAAUAAUUCUGAGAAUCGAAGAAGAAGGUAAGGAUGUUUGGAAGAGCACCGAAGAAGAGCGAUAACACCAAGUAUUAUGAGAUCCUUGGGGUCCCUAAAAACGCCUCACAGGAUGAUCUCAAGAAGGCUUAUCGUAAAGCCGCCAUUAAGAAUCACCCCGACAAAGGUGGAGAUCCUGAAAAGUUCAAAGAGCUUGCUCAAGCAUAUGAGGUGCUGAGUGAUCCAGAGAAGCGUGAGAUAUAUGAUGAAUAUGGUGAGGAUGCUUUGAAGGAAGGAAUGGGAGGUGGAGGUGGUGGUCAUGACCCCUUUGACAUCUUUCAAUCUUUUUUUGGUGGUGGUGGAGGUGGUAGCAGCAGGGGAAGACGUCAACGAAGGGGAGAAGACGUCGUUCAUCCUCUCAAAGUUUCUCUUGAGGAUCUCUAUAAUGGAACUUCCAAAAAGCUCUCUCUUUCACGUAAUGUUAUCUGCUCCAAGUGUAAGGGUAAGGGUUCAAAAUCUGGUGCUUCAAUGAAAUGUGCUGGCUGUCAAGGUUCAGGAAUGAAAGUUUCUAUAAGACAUCUCGGCCCAUCAAUGAUCCAGCAAAUGCAACAUCCUUGUAACGAGUGCAAGGGUACCGGAGAAACCAUCAACGAUAAGGAUCGCUGUACACAGUGCAAGGGUGAGAAAGUUGUUCAGGAGAAGAAGGUGCUUGAAGUACAUGUGGAAAAGGGCAUGCAAAAUGGGCAGAAGAUCACAUUCCCUGGAGAGGCUGAUGAAGCUCCUGACACAGUCACAGGUGAUAUUGUGUUUGUGCUGCAACAAAAAGAGCACCCCAAGUUUAAGCGAAAGGGUGAUGACAUAUUUGUUGAGCACACAUUGAGCUUGACAGAGGCUCUGUGCGGGUUCCAGUUUGUUUUGACCCAUUUGGAUAACAGACAGCUUCUCAUCAAAUCUCAACCUGGAGAGGUUGUGAAGCCUGACCAAUUCAAGGCGAUAAAUGAUGAAGGAAUGCCAAUGUACCAGAGGCCAUUCAUGAGGGGGAAGCUUUACAUCCACUUUACUGUGGACUUCCCUGAUUCAUUAUCUCCGGAACAGUGCAAGGCGUUAGAGGGGGUGCUGCCACCUAAGCCUUCGCAGCAGUUGACAGACAUGGAGCUGGAUGAAUGUGAGGAAACAACGUUGCAUGAUGUCAACAUUGAAGAAGAGAUGAGAAGGAAGCAGCAACAACAAGCUCAAGAAGCAUAUGAUGAAGAUGAAGAAGACAUGCAUGGUGGAGCUCAGAGGGUACAAUGUGCACAGCAGUAGUUGACUCAUCAAUAUGGUCUGGUCUGGUACUCUGGUCUAGCGUCUGAUAUCAACUGUGAUUUUGUUUCUUUUUUAACUUUAUAUAUAAAAACUGCAAAAUGUGUUGUAUGAAUGAUUUAAAAAUUAAAAUAUUAUUACUUGUUUUGAGAUAUAA